UUUGGCAUUUCAUUGUAAUAUAUAUAUAUCAUCAUUAACCUAAAAUUUAAUCCCUAAAGCGAGCGUCAAAGUAGCUAAUCAUAGUUACUAUCUUGAUAGUAAUUUUUACAAAAAAUCUAAAUUCAUCCACAGCAACAGGAUGCCAGACCAUUUGGGCAAUGACAUGAGAAAAAUCAGAGAUGACGAAAAGGAAGAAAAGGAAAUUAAAUCUCUGGACGAAGGCGAUAUUCAGCUAUUGAAGACAUAUGGUCAAGGACAAUACACAAAAAGUAUUAAAACUGUUGAAGAGGAUAUCCAGACAAUAAUAAAACGAGUUAAUGAAUUAACUGGUAUCAAAGAGUCCGAUACAGGACUGGCACCACCUGCCCUAUGGGAUUUAGCAGCAGAUAAACAGACAUUACAAAAUGAACAGCCGCUGCAAGUUGCACGUUGCACAAAGAUUAUUAAUGCUGAUUCAGAUGAUCCCAAGUAUAUUAUUAAUGUCAAACAAUUUGCCAAAUUUGUUGUUGAUUUGGCUGAUUCAGUUGCACCCACUGAUAUUGAAGAAGGAAUGAGGGUCGGUGUUGAUCGCAAUAAAUAUCAAAUACAUAUUCCACUACCACCAAAAAUUGAUUCGACAGUUACGAUGAUGCAAGUUGAAGAAAAACCUGAUGUAACUUACAGUGAUGUUGGUGGAUGUAAAGAACAAAUUGAGAAGCUCAGAGAAGUUGUUGAAACACCUCUGUUACAUCCCGAAAAGUUCGUCAAUCUUGGAAUUGAACCCCCGAAAGGUGUACUGCUUUUUGGCCCUCCCGGUACGGGUAAGACUCUUUGUGCUAGAGCCGUUGCCAAUAGAACUGAUGCUUGUUUUAUUCGCGUAAUUGGUUCUGAGUUGGUUCAAAAAUAUGUUGGAGAGGGCGCAAGGAUGGUUAGGGAGCUUUUUGAAAUGGCAAGAAGCAAGAAAGCUUGCCUCAUAUUUUUCGACGAAAUUGAUGCUAUUGGAGGGGCCAGAUUCGAUGAUGGAGCCGGUGGUGAUAAUGAAGUUCAGCGUACAAUGCUUGAACUUAUUAAUCAACUUGAUGGAUUUGAUCCACGUGGAAAUAUCAAAGUUUUGAUGGCCACCAAUAGACCAGAUACCCUAGAUCCUGCACUCAUGCGUCCUGGAAGACUUGAUAGAAAAGUGGAAUUCGGCUUACCGGACUUGGAAGGAAGAACUCACAUUUUCAAAAUUCAUGCUCGUUCAAUGAGUGUUGAGCGAGAUAUUCGCUUUGAAUUACUUGCACGUCUUUGUCCCAAUAGUACUGGUGCUGAAAUCCGAUCUGUUUGCACUGAGGCUGGCAUGUAUGCUAUUCGUGCUCGACGCAAAGUUGCUACUGAAAAAGAUUUCCUUGAUGCCGUUGGCAAAGUUAUUAAAUCUUAUGCUAAAUUUUCAGCCACUCCUAAAUACAUGACUUACAAUUGAAUCAUUUAUCGUUCAUUGAGAAUUAGCAUCAUCUUUUGUAUCUACUUAUUAUAAUUUGCAAAAAUGUAACAAAGAAAAUACGAAUGGGUGAAUUCAAAAUGAUAAAUCAAAGGAAGAAUAUAUUGUUUAUAUCCA